AGGAAGAUGAAUGCUUCAGUUCUGAAGAGUCUUAUUUAAAUCAGGAACAGAGAGCCAUGUCCUCUCAAUUAUGCUGUAAUUGCUUCUAAUCUGUAUGUACAGUUCUGCUUCAAAGUCAAGAGCUGCGCCAGUUCAGACUCCCACCAACACUGCAAGAGGAUUUUUUUUUUCUCCACAUCUUCGUCAAUACUUGUUUCUUGCAGUUUUGAGUUUGGCCAUUCUGACUGGAACAAGGAAAAUUCCUAUCCUCUUUUAUAAUAUCAUCAAGUAGAUAUCUGGAGAAGAAUCAAUCCUCUCUUACAUAAAAUAAAAAAUGGCCUAUUGUUGGAAAACAGAUCUAAAUACCAGUGAAUCACAUCAAGAGCAGCAUGAGCACCAAGAAUUUCACUCUGUAAAUCAGUUCCUUUCUCCUAACCAAGUCAGUCUGGGUUUUGAUCAACUAGUAGAUGAGAUUAGUAAUAAAGUUCCACUCUAUCAGACUGACAUUGAAGAAAACACUAUUUUUGUACCUAGUGCACCAACCUGGGAUUCAAGAAGGCAUUCGUUAGAUGAAACACACCAAAUAUCAUUGAAUGAAUUAACUGCUAAAAGCUCAGAACUCUCCUGUCACCAAAUUAGGAAAACACCAGUAAUUGGUUUUAGGAGCUCUGUGCUACAAAAUCCUGAAAACACGAACAAAGGAAGCUCUUGGGGAAACCCUAUAGGAAAAUAUCAAGGUGCUGAUGAUUACAGAUUCAAUAUUUUAGCUUCAUCAUCCACUAGUUUGCAUGAAAUUAAUUCACAGAGAGAAUUAGAAAAUGAAAAUCCUAACUACCACAUAGGAUUUGAAAGUAGCAUCCCUUCUAUGUAUCCAUCUUUCUCAACUGAUUUCAUGCCAAAAGAAGAGAAUGAAAGAAAUAGAAAUAUGAGCACUGUGCAACAUUCCCUGAUGCUUUUUGAAGGUUCUUUUUUACCCAGAGCCAGGGAAAGUACAUGGCCAAAGAAUAUAGAGCUGACAGGUUGUUCUUCUCAGCUAGUUGAAGUACCUCAAGGUACUAAUAAGGAUCUGGCCUCCUUCUGCAAUAAAGUGAAAAAAAUAAGAGAAAUGUAUCAUGCAGCUGACAUUAAUUCUAAUUCAGGGAAGAUCUGGAGCACUACUACAGCAUUUCCCUAUCAGCUUUUUUCUAAUACUAAGUUUAAUAUAAAUAUUUGUAUUGAUAACUCAACGCAACUACUUCAUUUUAUGCCAAAUGCUAAUUACCUUGUCAAAGACCUAAUUGCAGAGAUUCUACAUUUUUGUACAAAUGACCAGUUAUUCCCCAAAGACCAUCUUCUAAGUGUAUGUGGCUAUGAAGAAUUUUUACAGAAUGAUUACUCUUUGGGGAGCCACAAAAUAUUUCAGAAAGAUAAAUCUGUUAUCCAACUUAAUCUUCAGAAAAAUGGGGAAGUGCCAGGAAAAUUAUCCCGAAAGCAUGAAGAUGACCACAGUCAGUUUUAUCUGAAACAACUUCUAGAAUUUAUGCAUAUUUGGAAAGUAUCCAGACAGUGCCUCUCUACAGUAAUAAAAAAAUAUGACUUCCACCUGAAAUGCCUUUUGAAAACCCAGCAACAUGUAGAUAAUAUUAUUGAAGACGUAAAAAAUAUAUGCAGUGUCCUGGGGUGUGUGGAGACCAAACAAAUUACAGAUGCUGUAAAUGAACUAAAUCAAAUUCUUCAGAGAAAAACAGAGAAUUUUCAUCAAAAUUCAGAGACUUCAGCAAAAGGCUUGAUAGAGAGAGUGACAACUGCACUAUCCAGGUCCAUCUACCAGCUUAUCAGUGUCUAUUGCUGCAGCUUUUAUGCAGAUUUCCAGCCUCUAAAUAUGCCCAAUGACAUUUCCUAUGUAAAUCCUGGGCUCCAUUCCCACCUUAGCUUCACAGUGUAUGCAGUUCACAACAUUCCAGAGACUUGGGUGCACAGCUAUAAAGCGUUUUCUUUUUCCUGUUGCCUUACAUAUGCUGGAAAGAAGUUGUGUCAAGUGAGAAGCUACAGAAAUAUUCCAGUCAAGAAGUUGUUUUUUCUCUUGGUCAACUGGAAUGAAACGAUCAACUUUCCUCUUGAAAUAAAGUCACUCCCAAGGGAAUCCAUGCUCACUAUAAGAUUGUUUGGGAUUGUCUGUGCAACCAAUAAUGCCAAUUUACUGGCUUGGACUUGUCUUCCAUUGUUUCCAAAAGACAAAUCCAUUCUUGGGUCUGUGCUAUUCAGCAUGACAUUACAGAAUGAGCCUCCCAUAGAAAUGAUAGUUCCAGGAGUGUGGGAUAUAAGCCAGCCAUCCUCAGUGAUCCUGCAGAUUGAUUUUCCAGCUACUGAGUUGGAGUAUAUGAAAUCUGAUUCUGAAGAAAAUAGAAGUAAUCUUGAAGAACCACCAAAAGAGUGUUUAAAACAUAUUGCCAGACUUUCACAGAAACAGUCUCCCUUACUACUCUCUGAGGAAAAGAAAAGGUACUUAUGGUUUUAUCGCUUCUACUGCAAUAAUGAAAACUGCUCCCUUCCUUUGGUUCUGGGUAGUGCUCCUGGAUGGGAUGAAAGAACUGUUUCAGAAAUACAUACCAUUUUGAGAAGAUGGCAAUUUUCUUGCCCUUUGGAGGCACUUGGACUUCUGACUUCUAGUUUUCCAGAUCAAGAAAUACGUAAAGUGGCAGUUCGACAAUUAGACAACCUCUUGAAUGAUGAACUACUGGAAUAUCUCCCACAACUAGUUCAGGCUGUCAAGUUUGAAUGGAACCUUGAAAGUCCUCUGGUCCAACUCCUAUUGCAUCGUUCAUUGCAAAGCAUCCAGAUUGCCCAUCGUCUUUACUGGCUGCUAAAGGAUGCACAGAAUGAAACUUACUUUAAAAGCUGGUAUCAGAAGCUGUUGGCAGCUCUUCAAUUCUGUUCAGGAAAAGCCUUGAGUGAUGAGUUUUCCAAGGAGAAGAAACUUAUUAAAAUUCUGGGAGACAUCGGGGAAAAAGUCAAGUCUGCCAGUGACCCUCAAAGACAGGAGGUACUGAAGAAAGAGAUUUGCAGACUAGAAGAAUUCUUUCAGUGUAUAAAGACUUGUCACCUUCCUCUGAACCCUGCCCUGUGUAUAAAGGGUAUUGAUCGUGAUGCAUGUUCAUAUUUCACAUCUCAUGCUUUGCCACUGAAGAUUACUUUCAUCAAUGCUAACCCAAUGGGCAAAAACAUCAGCAUCAUUUUUAAGGCUGGAGAUGAUCUUCGUCAGGAUAUGCUUGUUCUGCAGAUUAUUCAAGUGAUGGACAAUAUUUGGCUGCAGGAGGGCCUGGAUAUGCAAAUGAUCAUUUAUAGAUGUCUAUCCACAGGAAAAGGUCAAGGAUUGGUGCAGAUGGUACCCGAUGCCAUAACCCUAGCAAAGAUCCAUCGCCAUUCUGGACUGAUAGGACCGUUGAAAGAAAACACAAUCAAAAAGUGGUUCAGUCAACACAACCAUUUAAAGGCAGAUUAUGAAAAGGCCUUGAGGAACUUCUUCUAUUCCUGUGCUGGCUGGUGUGUGGUAACGUUCAUCCUGGGAGUCUGUGACCGACAUAACGACAAUAUCAUGCUGACAAAGUCAGGCCACAUGUUUCAUAUUGACUUUGGAAAAUUCCUAGGUCAUGCACAAACAUUUGGAGGGAUAAAAAGGGACCGAGCACCUUUUAUUUUUACUUCAGAGAUGGAAUACUUUAUUACAGAGGGUGGGAAAAAUCCACAGCAUUUCCAAGAUUUUGUGGAGCUUUGCUGUCAAGCUUAUAAUAUUGUCAGAAGGCACAGUCGACUGCUCUUGAACCUGUUAGAAAUGAUGCUACAUGCAGGAUUGCCUGAGCUGGGUGGAAUCCAAGACCUGAAAUAUGUGUAUAAUAAUCUUCGUCCACAAGACACAGACCUGGAAGCAACAAGUCACUUUACCAAGAAAAUAAAGGAAAGUCUGGAGUGCUUCCCUGUUAAAUUAAAUAACCUGAUCCAUAUACUUGCACAAAUGACAUCCAUAAAUCCUGCUAAAUCUGCUUCACAGAAUUUUUCCCAGGAAUCCUGUAUGCUGAAUGCAACCAGAUCAAUUCAAAGAGCGACAAUUUUAGGGUUCAGCAAGAAAACUAGUCAUCUGUAUCUAAUCCAGGUGACACACAGUAACAAUGAAACAAGCUUGACAGAAAAAUCAUUUGACCAGUUUUCCAAACUUCACAGCGAACUUCAGAAGCAGUUUGCAUCACUGACUCUCCCAGAGUUUCCUCAUUGGUGGCACUUACCUUUUACAAAUUCAAACCACAAAAGAUUCAGAGAUCUAAAUCAUUACAUGGAACAGAUAUUAAAUGGAUCAUAUGAAGUUGCAAACAGUGAUUGUGUGCUUAGUUUUUUCCUCUCUGAGCCUGUGCAACAAACAAUUGAAGAAUCAUCUCUUCUGGACCUAGCAGGUGAGAAGUUUCCUGACAAGAUGCCUAAGGUGCAGUUAGUGAUAUCACAUGAGGAUGCGAAGCUGACCAUACUAGUGAAACACAUGAAAAACAUUCAUCUCCCAGAUGGCUCUGCGCCCAGUGCACAUGUUGAAUUUUAUCUUUUACCAUAUCCCAGUGAAGUUCGUAGGAGGAAAACAAAAUCUGUUCCAAAAUGUACCGACCCCACUUAUAAUGAAAUUGUGGUGUAUAAUGAAGUCACAGAGCUCCGAGGACAUGUCUUAAUGCUUAUCGUGAAGAGCAAAACUGUAUUUGUGGGAGCAAUUAACAUCCAACUUUAUAGUGUCCCUCUCAAUGAAGAAAAAUGGUACCCACUAGGAAACUGUAUAAUUUGACCAUUUCUAUCAACCAAUGCAUUAUUCAAUAGCUACUUAUAUCUUUUUCCAUUCCUGGGCCUCUCUAUCACAAAAGCAGGACAUUUUUGUUGUCAAAGAUAGCUUAGUGUACCAAGGACACAACAUAAAGAUAUAAAAACUAGUCUUUAUAGUUAUAUAUUCUCUACUUGUGUUUCAUUCUUUUCUUAGAAUCUUAUCUUCUUAAUAAAAUGUCAAUUUAUUGUGUAAAAUUCAAUAUAUAAAAUAAUACCAAAACAUUUCAUUUUAAUUUAUCUUUUAAUUCAAAUAUGUGUUCACAUUUUUUAAUUGUGUACCUACAGUUAAAGGCAACACUAUUACUGUAGUUUCCAAUACAGUAAUAAAUAAGACUCAGCAAUUAAUUCAAGACCUAGCUAUAUCUCUAACAAAUUUUUAAGCUUGAAUUAAAUAUAUAUACCUACAUUCUGACUUAUAAUCCUAUUUAUUGAGGAAAUUAAUAAGCCCAGGUUUUCUAUCAGAAAAACAAAGGAUAAAUGCCUGAAAUUCUUAAACCCAAUUUUUGGAAGAAACUUCUUUGCAGUUUCUUUUCAAUGUCAAUCAAUUAAUCAUCACUAGAUUUCACCCAGCUAUAGGCAUGAUCACAUUUUAAAUUUCAUUACCCCUUAACUCCAAAAUGUCAAACUCUGAAACUCUCCCCUCUGAUCAAAUCCUCUUCUCUUUGCACAUCAAGAAUUUCCCUUAAUUCUGAAGCUACUUCCAUAUCCAUCAUGACCUGAGUAGACAAUACUUCAUAUUUCCACCUGAAAAAUAAGUACAACUCACAGCAUUAUGCCACAUUCUUUAAGAGAAUCAAAUAGGAGUUCUCUUUUAGUGUCUGCCAUUUAAGUGACUAAAAAAAAAAAAGUUUAACUUUUGCUUUUUUUAAUGCUUCACUGUGAAUAAAUUAAAAAGUAACUUAAGCUCUUAUAUAUGAUCAUCUACAUAACCAUAUAACAUGUAAAGGUCUCUAAAUCUAUUCAUUGAAAAUAUUUGAGUACCAGCCUACAAGAGGCAGAAAGGCAGAGCAGACAACUGCCCUGAAAGGAAAAGUGAUUCAGACACAACAGCAGGGCAUAAGCAACACACACAGGAUACCCUACUGAAGUGCCAGGUUCUGGUGAACAGGAGACACUGCACUGCAAGGCACUUCAGGACCUCUUCACCAUGAAGUCACUACUUUCAAAAGCAGAAGAUAUUGCUGACUUUCUUAAAGUAGAGAAACAGAGAUGUGGGCAAAAUGAGGAGACCGAGAAAUUUAUCCAAAAUGAAAGGAUAAUACAAGCCAUAGCCAGACCUAAGCAAAAACAGAUAGAAGUAACGGCUGAUAGAGAAUUUAAAGCAAUGAUUAAAAGGAUAUUCACUGAACCUGAGAAAAGAAUGGAAGAAAUGAAUAAGACUCUUAACACAGAGAUAAGGAAUAACAUAGUAGAGAUAAAGGGCUCAAUAAAACGAAAUGAGAAAUGCACUUGAUGGAAUGAACAGCAGGAGGGAAGAAGCAAAGUAGCAAAUUAGUGACCUGGAAGACAGAAAUGAAAAGCAAUGAAGUUGAACAAAAAAAAGAAAACAGAAUUAUGCAAAUGAGAAUAAGCUUAGGGAUCACAGUGACUCCAUCAAAUGUAAUAAUAUUCAUAUUAUAGGAAUCUCAGAAGAAGAGAGAGAAAAGGGAGCAGAAAUUUUAUUUGAAUAAAUAAUAGCUUAAAAUUUCCCAAACCUGGAGAAGGAAACAGAUAUCCAGAUCAUGGAGGCACAGAGAACGCCCAUCAAAAUCAACAAAAGCAGACCAAGACAUAGUUGUAAUUAAAUUGGCA